AUCGCGACUAAAGAUAAUUGCCAGUUCGACCGCCGAUAUAAAUAGAGCGAGUCGAGCGUGCAUGGUGCUAACAAGCUGUUGUGAAUUCCGCUACGAUCGUCUCACGAUGGUCUCUCGGCUCUUCCUGCUAGCGCUAGUCGCGAUCGUCGCUGAUAUAAUAAUUCCAGUGGUGUAUGGCGCGGGCUUCAUUCGGCCUGCACAUGGGCGCAUCCGAGAGCCGAAGCAGGAAGUAGAUCUGGUCGGACAUGGUAUUUUAAGCGACAAGGAGACCGGUCAUAUAUGGAAGAUAAAACUCACGAUGCUAAAAGAUGAGGACGAUGCAGAUGAUGUUAUAGGAGUUUCCAACGGAAUACGUCGUUACUAUGGCCCUCCUCCACGUGUGAUCUGUAGAUGCCAGGCACCGAAUUGGCGGCUGAAACUCAACGCCGAGUUAAGUCCUGAGGAAAUUUCCUUAAAACGCCAGCUUCGUAACCUGAUCAUCGAAAUUCAGAGGGUGAUCGCGAAAAUCAAGAUGAUCGAAUUCAGAAGUGGAUCGCUAUGGGAUUGUCGAGUCUAUAAAAACCCACUCAAGGAAAUUGUUAUCGAUAUCAUGGAGGAUAAGGCCGACGUCGAAGAGCUGAUAGCGAGAGACAAGAAACGGAGUCGUGACAAGCAUAAGUUCACAUCGACCUUAUCGUACGGCGGGUAUCCGGGGAAUACUCCUGAAAGUCAAAAGGCAUUGUCCGACGAGGAAGAGGAGGAGGAGGAUAUGCGAGAGGGCGGCUUAGACCUCACGAAAUCGUUCGUGGAUUCAUUAGGAUUCGAACAUCAAGCGAGAAGGAAUAUAAUAAAAGUGAGGGACAAGAGGCGGAGAUCCAAUUCGAACUUGAACACAAAUCUAAAUGUGAACAGUUUCAAUUACAAAUUAGCUAGUGAUCAUGAGAGGAAGAAGAAGGGACGCGCGAGUGAUCCGGGGAAUACUCCUGAAAGUCAAAAGACAUUGUCCGAUGAGAAGGAGAAGGAGGAAGAGGAGAAUAUGCGAGAGGGCGGCUUGGACCUCACGAAAUCGUUCGUGGAUUCAUUAGGAUUCGAACAUCAAGCGAGAAGGAAUAUAAUAAAAGUGAGGGACAAGAGGCGGAGAUCCAAUUCGAACUUGAACACGAAUCUAAAUGUGAACAGUUUCAAUUACAAAUUAGCUAGUGAUCAUGAGAGGAGGAAGAAGGGACGCGCGAGUGAUCCCGAGAGGGAAAGUAACGCGGUGAAAGAACUGCUUGACGAGCAUCCGACGUCAUCCGACGAUACAUUCAGAUCAGAACGAAAUAAAUCGACAGCAAUCGAAGAUACGACGAGAGGAUCCAACUCGAGAGUGGACGACGUUGUCAGUAAUGGACGCGGCGAGUCCGGCGACGAGAAGAAGCAGAGGACAUCCAAUUCCACGGGAAAAACUUUGUAUAAUUCAUGGGGCGAGCGCGACGGAAAGUAUUAUCAGUGCGUCGGCAAGUCCUGUAAAAACCAGCAAAAAUCCAGAGGAGCGACGGAAGAAGAAGACAGUAUUAAUCCACAUACGAAUGUGAAUUCGAGCUUAUUAGCUCUAAACGGUAAAAAGCUAGCUUCUAGCGAUAAAAAAUCUCAUGUGAUUUCCCCAGAUGAUACCGCAGAGGAAGAUCGAUCUGAUGUAGAAGAAAAUGAAGAAGAGGAGAUAGUAGUGGAGACGAAAGAAGAGAUAGUGGAAGAAGAAGACGAGGAGGAGGAGGAAGAUGAUGACGAAGAAGACAAUCGCAGCUUCACAAAUCUCUCGAACGUAGAUUUAAGGGAAGGGCAAGAGACCUCGACAGAAGAUAAUUGUACCAAGCAAUCGUUGAAUUCCGACGUUUUGAUCAACAAGAGGGACAAUGAAGACAGUCUCCAGCCACAUCGGGCGGAUCGGGCCGGUGUCGAAGAAAAUCGGGAAAAUAUCAGUCGUAAUAAGAAUCGUAACAUCAAUUAUAACCGUAACGUUAAUUACAAUAAGAAGAAGAGCGCGAAGUUAGAGACGGUGGAAGAUGGCAAAGAGGCCACGACAUCCAGUGGACAUGAAGCAGAGAACGUUUCUGGCCGGAAAGGCAAGACGACGAUCGCGAACGAAGCUGACGCGGGAAUGAAGAGCGACAGCGAUCUCGGGGAAACAGCUGACAAGUGCACCGACGACACUUGCGAAUUGUCCGGCGAUGAGGGAUUAUUGGCCAGCGCGGCGGAAGUGAAAAAUCCCCGGCAGAUGCACUCGUCGAUCGACGAUGACUCCGACGAGGACUCCGACGAGAAUUCCGGCGAGGACUUGAACGAGAACUCCAACAUAAACUCCAACGUGAACGUGAAUCUGAACAGGCUGAUCAGGCCGUGGCGUUACUCGAGGAAACCCCGAUACGCACCGCGACGUCCCGACAACGACGUUCGCGAUGCACUGAUUCACGCAGACAAGGAGCGUAUCGGGGGCAAAGUAUCCGCGGCUCGAAAUGGAUCGAAAGUCGAUGAGAGGCGGCCCAACUCGCUGGAUACCCUGAUUGACGCCGUCGAUAAAGUUUUAUCGGCCGAUACCUCAGCAACUCCUGGCCGCGAUUCCUCCAAGAAUUUCAAAGCGCCGCCCGUAAAAAUGAAGAGGAGCGCAGGUGACGCGCACGAUGCGCAAUAAGAUUAGAAAGAGGUGUUUCGAGAGAAAGACGCGAGGAUAACGACGUUCUCGCACGCGACGGCUUGCAAUCGCGACGUUUACUAAGGGACGAACGAUAGAAGGUAACGGUCCCAAUUAUGGUCGGGUUCUAAUUUUGGUUCAUUAUAUUGAGAAAAAAUAUUUGAAAAUUUAUUUGUAGGAUAUAAAGUCUAAAUUUUACAGGAAUAAACUUUAUCUUACAGAAAUAUACUUUACUUCGUAGAAAUAAACUUUCUAUUCUCAAGUAUUUUCAAGUACUUUUUUUCAGUGUAAUAUAUUAAAAAAGUAUAUAUUAUAGUGACACACGGAAACACACGGAAAAGAUUUCUUUUUAUUUCUAUAGUUUUUUUUAUAAUUAUAUUCUAAGAUUGCAUUCACAAACAUUUGUUAAUGUUUACGAAUAAAACCUAGAAUAUCAUUUAAAUAUCAUUAGAAUAUCAUUAGAAUACCGACUUUAGAAAUUUACU